AAAGAGAAAGUAACGGCAUCAUUACUAGCAGCAAGUUCCUGAGGCUGAACCAGGGGUGCCACUGGGAGUAGAGGAACUAUCCCGCUGGCCUAGCUCCUCCCCCCUUGCGUCGUAACUCCUCCCCCUUACGGAAAAGUUCCCUAGCCCACUUGAUUCUAGCAUCUACCGUGCCACUGGCCGGCUGCCUGCACAGGAGGAGGCUGGGCGCUGGGAACGGGACUGACCGGGGAGUACCAAGCAGGUUUAUGUGUGUGACCCGGAAAAUGCCUCAUCUGCCAUGACGUUGCUGCGUGCUAUCCUGUACACCUGCCAUGCCACUUUAUUGGUUUCAGCCGUUCUGCAACCUCCGAAGAACAUCAAACUGUUAUCUGAGAAUUUUAAGCAUAUCUUGACCUGGGAGGACCCAAACAAUGUGUCCGCCGUCUACUACAGCGUGGAAUACAGUCAUAAUCACCAGAAAUUUGUUAGCACUGGAAAUUGCUCCAAUAUUACGGUUCGGCACUGUGACCUGACCAAGGAUUUCACAGACUUACGUGGACGUUAUGCAGUGCUGGUCAAAAGUUUCACAAAUCAGAGUACUUCAGAGGGCUACCUACCCACAAUGUUUAGUCCAAAUAGUAACACCAUUCUCGGUCCACCAAUAGUGGACGUUGUUCCUUGUGACCAUUGUCUCAGAGUUUCCAUCCAGCCCCCGGUGUCUUAUCUGUGGAGUGAAGAACAACAGCGAAAUGUUACCAUGCUGUCUGAUGAUGUCUACCCAAUACUGGACUACACAAUACAGUUGAAGAAUUCCCAAACGCAGGUUGUCAGCAUUGAUGUAGAGUUUGGUAGAGAAAACAACACGAUUAUUUCAAAUCUGCUGCCCAGAGCCAAUUACUGCGUGUCGGUAACUGUGGCUACAGCUAUAAAUCUCACGCCUUCCAUACCAUCUGCACCCAAAUGUGUCAUCACGGGGCCAAACCAUUCUAAUGAGCACAACACACUCCUUAUAGUAGUCUCUGUGGUCUGUGCUGUCAUCCUAUUGGUCACUUUAUUGCUUAUCUUAUUUGGACUGGACAGAACGGGAUAUAUCUUCAAGGGGAAGAAUUACAUUCCAAAAGUCCUGAAAUCCAUCCCGGCAUCACCAAGUGCGUUUAGUGGAAGCAAUGACUUUGGUUGGUCGACACGCAUCGUCCCCGUGGAGAUCAUGGAGAAAAAAAUUGAGGUGGAGGACAUCAAGGAUAAAGAGAAAUCCUGCGGGGAAGGCUACGCAAGCAGAAAGCCGUUCCUGACCAAGUCCGUCAGUGGCACGGGCAGUGGUGAUCAGCCGCCCUCGGCUACGUCUUCAUCUGAAGAAUCCAGCGGGCCACCUAGUGACUCUUCUGAAGAAGACACUUCUGCGCAGCUUUCAGCAGGCCUGGACAUCUCUUCUGCAGUAUCAGAAGGCAGCUGCUCUUCCAGUACGCCUUUGCCAGUAAAUGCAUUGAAUAAGACUUCAAGCUCCCUGUUCAGCAACAGUGGAGUUUUUGACAUCAAUUUAAACUCUGUAGCCAUAGCGGAUCCGGAGGAUGCCUGGACAGGCUUACAAGGGGCUCCAAAGGCGGAGCCAGUGGUUUUAAUGAGUCCACAGCUAGCUGGGAUUACAUUGGACACAGAAAACUGUAGAGAUUUCCCCUGUGACAUAAGUAUUGAUGAACUAAGAAUGCCUAGAUUUGAGGGCGGAUGCAGUGAGGAAGAAGAGGAGGACAGUAACUCAAAUGAUGGUUCUGAUGAACACCUUUCCUCUGGGUACAUGAGGAGGUAACCGGACAUUGUAUGUUUUUUAUGACCACUGUUCCUUUUUGGCAGUCGGUUGUUUUUUUUUCUUUUCUUAAUGUGAAAAUAUGGGGACAUCCUGUAUUAUCAGGUCAAUACGUAACCUGUUUGUAUAUACAACCACAUGUUUACAAAAUAAUGGAACCAUUGUUACUAAGCUUCACCAAUUAUGAUAGCACAACCAUAUUAUAACCUGUUCUUAUGCUGCUCGUUAUGUUCUCCAAUUUUAAAGUAAAAUCAUUUGAAACGUA